AUGUCUGAUUCGGAACAAUCUGUCAAGGUUCUUAAAGAGCUUUUUGAGAAGCUUUCGGUCGCUACCCCAGAGACCAGAGAGGCGUAUGCUACUGAGAUCUCGUCGUUCGUGAACGGUAACAUCAUCGAGCAUGAUGUGCCAGAACAGUUCUUCGCUGCGAUCUCCAAGGCGUUGAACAACAAGAAAACCGCCGCCAACGCCUUGGAAGCCAUUCUACGUGUUGCUAGCGAGUCUAACUUGUCUCCAGCCAUCGAGGCCAGUGUCGUGCGUUUGGUGCCAGAGGUUUGUGCUAAGUCCGCCGACAAGGACAAAGACACCCAGCAGCUGGCUGCUUCUACCUUGAUUGCCAUCGUUAAGGCUAUCAACCCAGUCGCCGUCAAGAUCUUGCUUCCUCACUUGAACUCUCGUCUUUCUGAGAGCAACAAAUGGCAGGAGAAGGUGUCCAUCUUGGCCGCCAUCUCCGUUUUGGUCGACGCUGCUAAGACCCAGGUUGCCCUAAGAAUGCCUGAGUUGAUCCCAGUGUUGUCUGAAGCUAUGUGGGACACCAAGAAAGAGGUCAAGGAUGCUGCCACCGCUACCAUCACCAAGGCCACUGAAACUGUCGAAAACAAGGAUAUUGAGCGUUUCAUUCCAAAGUUGAUUGAAUGUAUUGCCAACCCUAACGACGUUCCAGAAACCGUCCACUUGUUGGGUGCCACCACUUUCGUUGCCGAAGUCACUCCAGCCACUUUGUCCAUUAUGGUGCCAUUGUUGGCCAGAGGUCUUGCCGAAAGAGAAACCUCCAUCAAGCGUAAGGCUGCUGUCAUCAUCGAUAACAUGUGUAAGCUUGUCGAAGACCCACAGGUUGUUGCUCCUUUCUUGAGCAAAUUGUUGCCAGGUUUGAAGAACAACUUCGCCACUAUCGCUGACCCUGAAGCCCGUGAAGUUACUUUGAGAGCUUUGAAGACUUUGAGAAGAGUUGGUAACGUUGCCGAAGACGACACCUUGCCAGAAGUUUCCCACGCCGGUGACAUCUCUACUACCAGAGGUGUUUUGGACGGUUUGCUAAAGGACAGCAAGCCUGAGGCCAGAUUCGAACACGUUGUUCAAUACGUUGCCGGUAUUGCCGCUGACUUGAUCGACGAAAGAAUCAUCGACCAACAAGCUUGGUUCACUCACGUCUUGCCUUACGCCACCGUUUUCUUGCACGAAAGACAAGCCAAGGAAAUCAUUGACGACUUCAGAAAGUUGGCCGUCGACAACAUCCCAGUCGGUCCAAACUUUGACGACGAAGAAGAUGAAGGUGAGGAUCUAUGUAACUGUGAGUUCUCUUUGGCUUACGGUGCCAAGAUCUUGUUGAACAAGACUCAAUUGAGAUUGAAGAGAGCCAGAAGAUAUGGUUUGUGUGGUCCUAACGGUGCUGGUAAAUCUACCUUGAUGAGAGCUAUCGCCAACGGUCAAGUUGAUGGUUUCCCAACCCAAGACGAAUGUAGAACCGUCUACGUCGAGCACGACAUUGAUGGUACUCACGCCGACACCUCAGUCGUUGAUUUCGUUUUCGCUGGUGACGUCGGUACCAAGGAGGCUAUCUACGCUAAGCUAGUUGAAUUCGGCUUCUCCGACGAUAUGAUUAACAUGCCUAUCUCCUCAUUGUCUGGUGGUUGGAAGAUGAAACUGGCUUUGGCCAGAGCUGUGUUGAAGAACGCCGACAUCUUGUUGUUGGAUGAACCAACUAACCAUUUGGACACUGUCAACGUUGCCUGGUUGGUCAACUACUUGAACACAUGUGGAAUUACUUCCAUCAUUGUUUCUCACGACUCCGGUUUCUUGGACAGCGUCACUCAAUACAUUAUUCACUACGAAGGUUUGAAGCUAAGAAAGUACAAGGGUAACAUGUCCGAGUUUGUCAAGAAAUGCCCAACCGCUCAAUCUUACUACGAGUUGGGUGCCUCCGACUUGGAAUUCAGAUUCCCAGAACCUGGUUUCUUGGAAGGUGUUAAGACCAAGCAAAAGGCUAUUGUCAAGGUCUCCAACAUGACUUUCCAAUACCCAGGCACUACCAAGCCUCAAAUUUCUGACAUCUCUUUCCAAUGUUCUUUGUCCUCUAGAAUUGCUGUCAUUGGUCCUAACGGUGCCGGUAAGUCCACUUUGAUCAAUGUUUUGACUGGUGAACUAUUGCCAACCAUCGGUGAAGUCUACACUCACGAGAAUUGUCGUAUUGCUUACAUUAAGCAGCACGCUUUUGCUCAUAUUGAGUCUCAUUUGGACAAGACUCCAUCUGAGUACAUCCAAUGGAGAUUCCAAACUGGUGAAGAUAGAGAAACCAUGGACAGAGCUAACAGACAAAUCAACGAAGACGAUGCCGAAGCCAUGAACAAGAUCUUCAAGAUCGAAGGUACUCCAAGAAGAAUUGCCGGUAUCCACGCUAGAAGAAAGUUCAAGAACACUUACGAGUACGAAUGUUCUUUCUUGUUGGGAGAAAACAUCGGAAUGAAAUCUGAAAGAUGGGUUCCUAUGAUGUCUGUCGACAACGCCUGGAUCCCAAGAGGUGAAUUGGUCGAAUCUCACUCCAAGAUGGUUGCUGAAGUCGACAUGAAGGAAGCUUUGGCUUCCGGUCAAUUCCGUCCUUUGACCAGAAAGGAGAUUGAAGAGCAUUGCGCUAUGUUGGGUCUAGACGCCGAAUUGGUGUCUCACUCUAGAAUCAGAGGUUUGUCUGGUGGUCAAAAGGUUAAGUUAGUCUUGGCUGCCUGUUCGUGGCAAAGACCUCACUUGAUCGUCUUGGAUGAGCCUACCAACUAUUUGGACAGAGACUCUUUGGGUGCUUUGUCCAAGGCUUUGAAGGCUUUCGAAGGUGGUGUUAUUAUCAUUACUCACUCUGCUGAGUUCACCAAGAACUUGACUGAAGAAGUGUGGGCUGUUAACAACGGUGUCAUGGUUCCAUCCGGCCACAACUGGGUUGCUGGCCAAGGUGCUGGUCCAAGACUAGAGAAGAAGGAAGACGAAGGUGACAAAUUCGAUGCCAUGGGUAACAAAAUCAGCUCUGGUACUAAGAAGAAGAAGUUGUCGUCCGCUGAACUAAGAAAGAAGAAGAAGGAGAGAAUGAAGAAGAAGAAGGAGUUGGGUGAUGCUUACGAAUCUUCCGAUGAAGAAUACUAA